ACUUCUCGUUCGAGUUUGUCGCUUGUGCAGAGCGGUGGUUGCGGUUGUGCAGAAAAGUGCAUUUGCAUUGAAGCACGUCUGCGGUUGACGCAAAACACAUUUUUUAUCGUCAGCUUUAACAAACUAAGCAGCAUUUAUAAAGUUGGCGAGAAUCGCAAACUGCUGCUAAAUUAUUUUCCACGUGUAACUUAACCUAACCUAACCUAACCUAAAACCACGCAUCAUUUAUUGAGAUUAUAUUUGUCUACACUGACAUUCGAUGAAGUAGAACUCUUUGAUAGUGUAAACGUGUCGAAGCUCUCGCAAGUGAUAAUCAGUAAUUACUGCGGAAACAUCAUUUAUAUGCAAAGAUGCCUACUUGGAACCAGAUCCAAGCUCAGCUGCGAAAUCCAAACAACCCGGUCGUGUUUUUUGACGUCUCUGUGGGUACUACUGAGAUCGGCCGUAUGAUUUUCGAGCUAUUCGAGGACGUCUGUCCCAAAACAUCCGAGAAUUUCCGACAAUUCUGCACCGGUGAAUAUAGGAAGGACGGAGUACCACUUGGCUUCAAAGAUGAGAAUUUCUUGCUCAAGCAUGAUUCACCAGGGUUGUUAUCUAUGGCUAACAGUGGCAAGGAUACUAAUGGCUGUCAAUUCUUCAUCACAUGUGCCAAAUGCAACUUCUUAGAUGGCAAACACGUUGUCUUUGGCAGAGUAAUUGAUGGUCUUCUUGUUAUGAGGAAAGUAGAGAAUGUUCCUACUGGUCCAAACAAUAAGCCAAAAAUUCCAGUAACAAUAUCUCAGUGUGGACAAAUGUAAUAGUGGUAUUAAUUUAUUUGAACAUUGAUAAACUUAAAAUUCUACAUAAUUGUAUUUUUUAUCUCUAUUUGUUCAAGAAA